CCAGGUUGCCGCCAUGUUGUCCCUCAGCCGAGCCGGGAUCCUCUCAACAGUUCUAGAGGCCAUCUUGUAUGGCUUCUCCGUUCUUAUGUACAUAUUUACCAUGUGGAUUAUGCUGCAGAAUCGGAAGCGGAGACGCCUGAACAAGAGCAUGUUGAUUGCCUCCUGCGCAAUUUUCCUGCUGUCAACAGCAGAAAUGGCCGUCAAUAUCGAGCGACUGCAACAAGGCUUCUUGACCAUUGGACCCAACUUACCUGGCGGGCCAGAACAGUAUUUUGCAAACUUCGCACAGCGCACAUUCCUUAUAAAAAGCGUGUUAUUCAACUGCCAAACACUCAUUCUUGACUUUGCUGUGAUCUACCGCGCUUACACCGUAUGGCAAAAUGUCUACAUUAUUAUCUUGCCCGCACUUGGCUGGUGUGGUCUGUUCGCCGCCUCCUUCGGUACGAACUUCGUCCUAGGCACGGCUUCGGCAAAUGGGGCAAUCUUCAACCAAGAGGUUGGGGUCUGGAUUACCGCCAACUACUCUAUGACCCUUGCCACGAACGUGAUAGCAACAAGCUUGCUCGCGUACCGCAUCUGGAUGGUGAAGAGGGAGACCAGCCGCUUCUUGGUUUCGCAUGCCCUGUCGCCACUCCUGCGAGUCGUCAUCGAGUCCGGAGCCAUCUAUUCGCUGACCGUCACCGCGGCACUCAUCACCUUCGUCACGAAGUCUAACGGCGUGUACGUUAUGCUCGACAUGAUUUCACCCAUUAUCUCCAUCGUCUUCAAUAUGAUUAUCGUCCGCGUCGGGCUCGCGCGUGAGCAGGGGCUGUCAGCGCAGUCCGGCGAGCAGAGUGGCAGCCACCGUGUCCCUGGUAGCUCGUUUGGCUUCCGGCCGUCACGCCCGCAGUACGGCCAAACAUCACUUGCGGUCGAAAUAACGCAAUUUAUCGAGACAGACGGAGAUGUCACAGAGGACACGCUACCCAUUGAGCUCAAAGCAAAGCAGGAUUCGUAUGUGGCGGAGGACGUCAAGGGUUGAGAUAUACUCGGGCAUACUUUCUUGGCUUAUCGAAUGAGGGUAUAUACUGGCGCUUGUCUCAAAUCCCCGAAGGAAGUCAAGGACUAGCGGGACAAUGUCAUUAUUAUACGGAUAUGGGGUACUAGUGUUCAUCAGAGAUACGAUACUAAGCAUACGCACGGAAGUCUUCCUGGACGUACUGUGCGAUACAAGUAGUAGACGGUGUACCAGAAAAUAUCCAUCGGAACUUAUGUUUGUACAGCAUUUGAACAUUAACUCAGCGUAACUCUAGAUAUGCGG